AGACAUGAAGCACUUAGACUGCUGGAUUGUUAAACUGCCCCUUAAAUGAAAUGUUUACAAGCUAAUCCCACAGUCAGCAGCUUUAAAUGUUCAUUUAUGUAAUCCGUAGCAAAGAAAGAACUAAAGUGGCUCUGGCAGGCUUCCAAAAAAACACACAAUCUCUUCCAAUUGUUGUAAAUUGCAAACACCAGGAAGAAAUUUCAUGCAAAUGACGACAUGUCACAUCUACGUCAUACCGUAGGAAACAUCCUCCAUUCUCUGUCCAAGCCCAACCCGAAAAAAUCCAUUAAGACCCACCCAAUAAUUGUGCUGGUGGUAAUAUGAAUAAAACUGAAAGCCAGCCAGGAGAUCCACAGACAGCAAAGAAAACAGGAAUAUGUUAGGAUUUCAACCAAUUUAAUUCGGUGUUGGCGUAAGGCUGUGGAAUUGGAAACCUGUAGCUUCUACAUUGUCUGGUCAACGGGUUAAUACGUUGCAAGUGCCAUGGAUUGGGGAUCAUUACAAGGUGUGCUCAGUGGAGUGAAUAAGUACUCAACUGGAUUUGGACGGAUCUGGCUAUCCGUAGUCUUCAUCUUCAGAGUCCUGGUUUACGUGGUAGCGGCAGAAAGUGUUUGGGGAGAUGAACAGAGUGACUUUGUCUGCAACACCUUGCAGCCAGGCUGCCCAAACACUUGCUACGACCACUACUUCCCCAUGUCGCACAUAAGAAUAUGGGCCCUGCAGCUGAUCUGUAUCACCACCCCCUCACUGCUGGUCGUCUUGCACGUGGCAUAUCGGAAAGAAAGGGAGAAAAAACACAAGAUGAAACACGGAGAAAAUUGCACCCGACUGUACAAGAACAUGGGGAAGAAGCAUGGCGGACUCUGGUGGACUUAUUUGAUGAGUCUCUUAUUUAAAACCGGGUUUGAAGCUGGUUUUUUGUAUGUUCUUCACAGCAUUUAUCAUCAAUUUUAUUUGCCUCGUCUCGUCAAGUGUUCCAUGUUCCCUUGCCCAAAUAUAGUUGAUUGUUUCAUUGCCAAGCCAACUGAGAAAAGGGUCUUCACGUACUUCAUGGUCGGAGGGUCGGGUCUUUGUAUUAUCCUCAACCUUUCUGAGAUAUUUUAUUUAGUUUUUAAACGAUGCUUUCAAGGUUGUAAAAAAACGGUCAAGAAAGAAGAGAUAAGCAUGUCUAAGAAAAGACGAAAUCUGAUUUUUCAAAACAGCAUUGAGAAGCAAAAUCCAGCUGAAUUUAACUAAAACAUUUAAAAAUGUCCUAAAUUAAUCUCAAAAUCAUUAUGAACGUGAUAUUUUGGAUCAGAUCAACCAUGAUAUUAUUGAAUGCUGAGCAAUCUUGAGAGGCUACAUGACUUGCUCCUGUGCCUGUCUCUAAUGUUCAUGAUUAAUAUAUGCACUAUCCUGCUCUAUACUGUUUUAAAUGCUCUGUCAUAUUGACAAAAUAUAACUCGUGCCUUUAAUACCAUGCAUUAACAGUCUUUGAGUUUUCUCCAGCACCACAAACCAAAUGUGUAUGCCUAUAAAGCUGUGCAAGAAACACAAUGCCAGGCGAGCAGCAGGAAUAUUGGUGUGAUUAGCAUUAUCAUCGCACCUCCAGAGGUACAAAUGGUGCCAACACUAGUUAGAGUCAUAGAGUCAUACAGCAUGGAAACAGGCCGCUCGGCCCAAGUUGCCCACCUCAACCAACAUGCUCCAACUACACUAGUCCCACCUGCCUGCGUUCGGCCCAUAUCCCUCGAAACCAACUUAUCCAUGUACUUGUCCAAAUUGUUUUUUUUAAACUUUGUGAUAGUACCUGGCUCAACUACCUCUUCUGGCAGUUCAUUCCAUAUACAUACCAACCUUUGUGUAAACAAGUUUCCCCUCAAAUUCCUUUUAACUCUUUCCUCCCUCAUCUUAAACGUAUGUCCUCGGGUUUUUUAUCCCCCACACUGGGUAAAAGACUCUUGCAUUUACCUGAUCUAUUUCUCUCAUGAUCUUAUACACCUCACUGCUCUUUCUUCUCCUAAAGUCCUAGCCUGCGCAGGUCUUCUGAAUAAAAGGGGCCUUACACAGGUCCAAUGUGGACUCACAGUUGAGGACAGAGGGUAACAUAAUCAUUGAUAAACCAACGGGAACAUGGUGUUGGAAUUUUUAUUUUAUGUCUACGUCCAGAGUUUUAGUCUUCAUCUGUCCCACUAUGUAAAAUUAGUUCACAGAGCAACACAAUAUGGAGUUCAUAUAAAAGUAUUAAAAUUGAAUCAAAUGCUAGAAACAACAUAAAAUAAUGACAUUCAAUCAAAUUAGUGAAGAUAGCAAGAUCGGUGACAUAAAGCAAAUUGUGUGCACUUCAUGAUCUCUCUAUAUCGUCAAUUACACAGCUUUAAUCUAAAUUGUUUCCAUUUAUAUACUUGUUCUGGCUCUGUAAAGUUUGCUGGGGAAUGACAGAAAUUCUCGUGCAUGCUGUUCCUUCACAUUAAAUAUUGCUCACUCCUUAACUCUACAUAAUUCACUCUGGCAAAUGUUGCACUGGGCUAUCUACAACUUCCAACUGGUUGCCCAGGCUUAUUAAGAAGCCUCCAUAUUUCAUAAUCCAAAAAUCACUGUAUAUCAAUUGAUUGAUGCACCCAAUCAUUUUGAAUGUGCCUGUUGUGUGUUAGACCAUGAACCGUCCAGUAUAUGAAUGUUUUGACGUCCAACCAUUCGCACAAAGGUGCUUUGUUUGGGAAAGAGUUUGAGCUUUAUUUUCUGAUGUUUACCAUUUUCUUUUGUUCUGUAGUUCAGCAUUUCUUCUAACGCUGGUUGGGGACAGGAGCAGACAUGACAGACAUGACAGAGCCAAUUUGUUACUUAGGGGUUGAUUUUUAACUUUUGGUGACAUUACUGCAAAGCAAGAGCUCUGGAAAAAAAAAUGCUUGUAUAUGAAUACAUAAAUGCUUCAGGAAUUCCUCUCAGCUCUGUUUACAAAGACCAGUGCUGACACUCCUGGGACCCAUGCAGCAUUCUUGGAUAGAGUUUUCAGUCAAUUCCCUGUUGAGUUAAUUAUUUCUUGCUAAAGGUAUCUGAAUACCAUUGGGGAAGCAUGCUGCACUGCUAUGUAAGCAGAAUGAUCACCACUGUAGACAUAUGGGGGUUAAGAAUAGAUAGACACAAAAUGCUGGAGUAACUCAGCGGGUUUAAGAAUGUAUGAUAUUAAGACCAUUGUACUAUUGCAAGGAAGUGGAAAAAGUAUUUUGUGUGAAAUCGAUCAAAUGUUUUCACAACCACACAAUAUACCAGAAAAGUCUUUAAUCCAGUGAUUGCCACUGGAUGUUUUUACUGAUAAGGAAUACUAUGUCAUAGCUAAACAACACAUGGAAAGCAAAUGCUGCAAAUAGUCAUUUGUAUCAGGAUGUCCAACAAGAAGAAACACUCACAUUAAUCUAAGUGCUGUACUCAACUUUUAAAGAGCUGCAGUUGUUAAGUAUCCGGAAAAGUUGAUACUAAUGGAUCAAUAAACAGGGAAAGGUGAUUGUGGUUAGAUGGAGUGAACAAUGAGGAAAUGGACAUAUUUUACCACAGUUCUCUGAGCUUGUUAAGUAGGAUAAAUGAUGCCCAAAGUGAAGAAAGUGCAGAAAUAGGCACACAACGUCAUCAGAUCAGGAGUAUUUUUGUGUAGGAAGAAACUGCAGAUGCUGGUUUACACCAAAGAUAAACACAAAAUGCUGGAGCAACUCAAUGGGACAGACAGUAUCUCUGGAGAGAAGGAAUGGGUGACAUUUCGGGUGAGAUGGCAAAUAUUGAAGAAGGGUCUCAACCCAAAACGUGACCCAUUUCUUCUCUCCAGAGAUGCUGUGUCCUAUUGAGUUAGUCCAGCAUUCGGUGUCUAUCUCAGGAGUACUUUGUUUAAAUUUGUAGUAACAUAAAAUAACCUGUUGAUUUGCUUUGCAUGUUUUGCACUGCAAUGCAGAUAAAGUAACCCCAAAAUAGAUCUCUUUUUGCAAGUCCCAUAAUUACUAAAAUAGAUUAUUAUUGGAAAAUGCAGUGGUAUAAUUUGGCCAGUCUGUUAUCAGUGAAUAUGCGAUUGAAUUUCAGCCUUAAAUAACACACAUUUAUCUGUUACUCCAAAAUCUACUGCUGCUGUAGAUAAAGAACUCUGGAAAUUAAUUCAUGUUGUUUCAUUUUAGACAGAGCUACAUUCCUUUCUCCUAAUUGAGAACUUGCACCAUUGUAGUGCUGAGUCCGCCAUUAUCACAUGUAGGAAUAUUCCAGACACGUUUCUAAGAUAUGGUUGCACAAUAUUUGUAUCAUCGAGAACCAGAAAAAUGUGGUUAGUUAUGCAAGGUUUGCAUGGUGUCACUGCCAUUUCCUGAAGUCAGCAUUCUGAAGACCGGGCACUCAGCAAAGCGUAAGGCAAUGUGACCAUUUGCCACUGAUGUUCUGUGUUUGUUGUAACAUGUACACUAUGCACCAUCAGCAUCAUGUGUCAAUGUCCAUUCCAUAAAGAGCAAGAAAGAAAUAACUUCACAACAUGGACUGUGGAGAAUCAAAGAACAGUGUACAAUGGCUUGGAACUAAGAGGAAAAGUAUAACUACUUACUAUCAUUCCCACUUUCCAAUUGAAAUGUUUAUAUCUGUAUGUGUCCUUUCAAAAUUUGUAUCAAAGGAAUCCAGAGAUUAUUGUCGUGUCUGACUUUAAGAUACCAAAGACAAGGAAUUUUAAAAUAUUUGUACUGUAGUUUUCUAUCUUAUUUAUUAUUAUCUACAGCAUAUUAUUCAUUAUGACUGUAUAUUGAUUGUAUAUAUGUUUUGACAAAGUGUAAAUAAAUGCAUUCAUUUUAAAUAUAUAAACAAAAUUG